GGUGACAGACCCCGCUGCAGCCAGCAGUAGCUCGUCCUCCAGUUUUCCAGGGGUGGUUAGUCCUACCCGACCUUCUGUAGCAAUGUCUCCAAGUGCUGUCGGUGCCAACGAGGUGUUUUUCGAGACUGGAGGUGCGGCCGUGACGCUAACCCCGGACACCCCUCAGCCUCCCUCGCUCACCGGCCACCAGCCCUGCUCCCGUGUCAGGUCCACGCCCGCCGCACCGAGCCCGGUCACGGCCGUUAAUUCUCUGGAUUCACGCCAGAGGCAGAGGAAUGUGUCUGGUUCUCCUGGACCCAAGGUGCCAAAGAGAGUCCACUUCAUCAAGACUAUGAAGCAGUAUGAUACCAAAGGUUGCAGGAUCAUGCUGAUUUGUGCCAAGCGGUCGCUAUAUGCUGCUUUCUCAGUGCUGCCCUAUGGAGAGAGUGCUCACCUCAGUGAUCCUAAGCUGGAGGCUCAGAGACAAAGGCUGUCAUCUGCGGUGGCUGCAGACCUGCUUCCUUCCCUGGAAGGUGUCGAACUGGGCGCCUAUGGCAAGACGGUGUCAUACGCUCAGUUCCUUUAUCCAACCAAUGCCCUGGUGAGGGAGACAAGUGGCGGUGUGCUGGAGAUCUGCACAGCUCAGCCUCCUCCGGCACGUUUCCGUGGCAACGGGCAGAGGAACUUCCCCCCUGGUCGUUUGAACAGCAGCGUGGCACAGGACCCAUAUACGGAGGAGAUGGCAGAGUAUGACCCUAACCUGCUCAGUGACCCUCAGUGGCCCUGUGGGAGACACAAGAGAGUUCUAAUAUUCGCCUCAUAUGUGACGACUGUUAUUGAGUAUGUGAAACCAUCUGACCUGAAGAAGGACAUGAAUGAGACUUUCAAGGAGAAGUUUCCUCACAUUAAGCUGACGCUGAGCAAAAUAAGAAGCCUGAAGAGGGAGAUGCGGGCCAUGAGCGAGGAGUGUGGGCUCCAGCCGGUCACCAUAUCAAUGGCUUAUGUUUACUUUGAGAAGCUGGUGCUGCAGGGUCGCCUCAACAAGCAGAACAGGAAGCUGGUGGCAGCAGCGUGUGUGCUGCUGGCUGCAAAGAUCAGCAGUGAUCUGCGGAAGCCAGAAGUCAAACAGCUCAUUGAUAAGCUGGAGGAGCGUUUCCGUAUAAACAGACGAGAGUUGGUUCCUCUGGAGUUCCCGGUGCUGGUUGCCUUGGAGAUGGGACUCUACCUCCCUGAGAGCAAGGUCAUGCCGCACUACCGCAAACUGGUGCAGCAGGGUUAGACCGCCUGUGGUAGUAUCUGACACUCUGCUGGUUUCAUUAAUAACACCAGCAGGUGUGUGUGUGUGUGUGUGUGUGUGUGCGUGUGUGUGCGUGUGCUAAA